AUUGAAAGCAAUCCCAAAGGAAAAACAAAAUAAGAAUAAAAAAUGAUUAAAAAAUAACAGCUGGACCCAACCAACAAACGAAAGGCGCGGUUUGUACUUAACCCCGGGAUUCCCUGAACGCACCCACUAAAAACAAAUCAACCACCGAGCCAUCCACCGCCGACCCGACCCGCCGGAUACUUUCCGAUAGAGGAAAAGAUGUCACGAUUCCAAUCCAACCGGCGGUUGGAAAAGAACCAACCGGUUUACGACGACGACGAAGAGAAUGCUUCACCAGAGGCUCGGGAUAACGACGGCGAAAAAGGAGGAGGCCAAAACGAUGCAAGUUCCGGCAGAGAUUAUGUCAACGUGCCUUCUCAACCCUAUAUCAUGAAGAUUCUUAGUAAACAAGGUGACCGAAAUGUUCUCUUUGCAGAUAGAGUAAUGAAAUUUACUGGGUCGGGCAAGAUGAAGAAGCGUAUACUUUUGAUUACUGAGUUCGCCAUUUAUAUCUUAGACCCAGACACAUAUGCUCUCAAAAGGAGGAUAGCUCUUGCUGCUGUUGAGAAACUGUGUUUGAGUGGACUAGGCGAUCACUUUUUUGCUAUCAUCAUCCCAACAGAGUAUGAUAUACUUAUGGCCAGCACAAGGAAGUCAGAGAUAGUAUCUGCACUGUUAGAAGCUACCAAAAGCGCUUCUGAUUAUGAACUGGAUGUGCUUUAUUCAACAAGGUAAAAUUCAGUUUACUUCUUACUUUUCCUUCACGAGUUUUGAUUGUCAACACUGAUGCAGGUCCAGUUCAAUGUUAAACAAAUAUUUUUGUUUGUUGUUUUGCUACAUAAGACUGUAAUAACUGCUAAUAUUUUUCUGAAUAGUAAGAUAUUUCUGAAGGUUUUUCUUGACGACAAACUAGUUUAUGUGAUCUAAAUAGCUGCUAAGUUUUACUUCUGUACACAUAGUCUACACUAUAUUGCAUGUGGCCUAACCGAUUUUCUGAUGCUACUUGUAAUUUUCAUAUCUGUUUGUUCUAAAACUGGAUAUGGAUAUAUUUCACUCUAGGAUUGUCAGAUUUACUCGCUUCAUUUGGUUGUGUUUGUAUGAGCUGUAACCCUGUAAGACUUAUCUAGUAAAGUCUCUUAGAGUUCAAAGUUUCUGUAUUACCUUGUUUAAUAAGCUUUGCAUAACGCUCAACUCUCAUCCUUCCAAACUUCAAAUUUAUCAUGUAUAGAAGAUGAAUUUCGUUCAAUUUGGCAGGUUUGAGUAUCAUGCUGCCGCAGAUCUGGUUAAGGAAGUACAAUUUGAAGAAGUGGAAGGUAUGUGACUAAUUUUGAGUUCUAUGACGUGGCAAUAUAUUUUUCAGAUCUAGUUGUCCCAUGUGGCGGUGACGUUAAAACUUUAUUGGAUUGAAAAUUUCAGGUGGCAUUAAAACGAGAAUAUUGAGGAAAUGAGGUGCAUUCUUUUGUUUGUAUUGCUAUAUGUGGAAGAUGGUUGAUAUAUGGCCGAAAAGUAAGUGAUUAGGAACUAUUGGAGCUUGUGCUGUUCCGUGUAAAGUUUACGGAUUCUUUUAGGAUUAGAGAAGCUGAUGAUCUUCUGAAUGGGAAUCUGAUGAUCUCAGCUUUCCAGCUGGGAGAGAAUCAAUUUUUUGAAGUGGAAAAUCUUUAUAUGGAUGUGAAUACUCAUUUUUAUGUUAAUAUAAAAUUUGUCUGGAGUGUUUCAUACGUAUUCUUAGAUUAGCUGCUCGUGUGUUCAGGGUGAUAGAGGGUACAAUCUUCUUAUUCUGUUACUAUUGUUGCAUUAUUCUGUGGAAAUUCAAAUUCAGAAAUCCUUUUGUUGCCAUUGAUCUAUUACGAAAAUGCAUAAUGUAAAAAUGUUGGAAAUAUAUAAAAUGAGGCUGAGUGGCAUGAUUAGAAAAACUCUACAAUUAGACUGCUUACCAUUGGCAAAAGGCUAACAAAAGAAACCCCGUGUACUAAUCUGUUGUGAACUAGCUGUUGUAUAACUAGACGUAGGGAUAAACAGAUUCAAAUCACAAUUAACAAAUUAGGAUUAAAGAAUUCAACUUGUAUACCAACCGGCCCUUUUAUAAGGUUGGUCAACUAAUUUGUGGAGAAGCAAAAAGAACGACACUGACCUAUUACAAAACAAGUGUGACUAAGACCUCUUUUGAAAUCAGUUAAAAGUUAAAACGAGCACAAAAAGGUAUCACUGAAAACCUAUCUCUGAACAAAAUGCUACUGUUGAAUAGAAGAUGAUGCCAUCUCCACAGAUGAAGGCGUCAAGGUGAGAGUUGAUUCUUCUGUUCUUCCAUCAGUAGAUGGCCGAUUUCCUGUAUUGACCCUUCUAAUAUCCUCUACCAUCUUAACUACAUCGAUCAUUUUUGGUCUCUGAUCUGGCAUUCUUGUUACACAUGUCAUUCCAAUCUGCAACAUCUCCACCAUCUCUUCUUCUAUAUUAGGAUACCUCAGAAGUUCUAUGUCAAAUACUUCAGCAGUCCACUCCUCACGAACAACAGAAUGAACCCACCUGACCAAAUGGAUAACUUCGUCGCUGCCUGCCUGAUGUAUAGGUGAUUUUCCAGUCAGAAGUUCAAGCAGCAGAACCCCAAAGCUGUAGACAUCUGAUGCCUGAGAGGCUUUGCGGGUGUCAGUGACUUCUGGUGCACGGUAACCUGCAGUUCGAAUCACUGGUGGAGCUACUGGAUUCAUUAGUGUGGCCAAGCCAAGAUCGGACACACAACCAUAUUGCUGGGAAUUCAGGAAAAUGUUGGAGGCUUUUAUGUUUCCAUGAACCAGCUUUCCAGAAGAUUGCUGAUGAAGAUGAGCAAUACCCCUUGCAGCACCAACUGCAAUCCGAACACGGGUUUCCCAAUCUAAAGGAAUCCGCUUUUCACCCCUUUUCGCUGGGAAACAAGAAAGUAAACCAUGUAAGUUCAUGGAAUCUAAACAAACACGCAUUACCAUCUUCAACGUUCAGCUACAUUCUCGAAAUGUAUAAUAUGAUACACUAAUGACAACUGCAAAAGCACCGGAUGGUCUUCUAAAAGUAAAGCAAUGAAGAACAGAUCAAUGAGAUGACUAGUCACAGAUGAGUUGCAAGCAAACGUCAAACAGCAAUACAUGGGACAUGCAAUAGAGAAUAGCUUAAACCUCCAACACAACCGAGCACAACCGAUGACACAUUAGACAGAUGUGAGUUUAUUCUUUAUGAAACCAUACUAUCAAAAAGCAAUCGAGUGCAAUCCUGAACAGAACAGAGUUAACUAAAAUCGCCCGGCCACUCUAUGCAAUUGGAUCAAAUCUAAAGGCAUGAUAUCCACAGAGCAAAAGCAAGUUAAAAAUCGAAGUCCAUAGAAUUAGCAAACAAGCAAAUCACACAUUGAAGUAAGGAGAAUGAUACCAUGUAAUAGAGCAGACACACUCCCUUGAGAGUAAUAAUCAUACACCAUGAGCUUCUCGUCCUUGGAAUAAUAAUACGCCCUUAAUGGAGCCACGUUUUCAUGCCUCAAGUUUCCAACCACCUCCAUUUGGAGCUCAAACUCUCGUUUCCCCACAGUGACUUCCUUCAAUCUCUUCACCGCAACUAUAUUUGCGUCCUCCAAUGCCGCCUUAUAAGUCGUUCCAAACGAUCCCUUCCCAAGCACCUCAGCAGAAGCCCUCAGCAGAUCUUCAAGGUCAAAAGCAAGGCUACAACCCUCAAAGAAUAUUAGCCUGCCAUCUCCAUCAUGACUUCCCGAAACCGCAUUCUUGUCUUUCUUAAAAGUUCCUCCUCUCUGAGGUAACUUUGGCUGUGGAGAGGUUUCCUUAUUGGUAUAGCAAAAGAUGAGCAGAACAGCAAUCAAGGCGAAACCCACAGCACAAGCUCCGAUUAUGAUCCCUAGUAUUGCAGUACCACUAAGACGUGACGAAUGCUUCUUCGGCGGCUCAAUUGGAGGAAGAACCGGUGGUACAGAAACUUCAUGUGUAUUAUUAAGAUUAUUGUCGGAAAAAGCAGAACUAGGAAAUCUACUAAGAGACGGAGGCACGUUUCCAGUCAGCUUGUUAUGAGAAAGAUCUAGUAGCUGAAGACUAGGAAUAUUCAGAUCAGGGAUAUCACCCGAAAAUGAGUUGUUGGAAAGAAUCAAAGUAGUCAAAUGAGUCAAAUUGGAGAUGGAGGAAGGGAUAGUACCAUUGAAAGCAUUGCCGGAGAGAUUGAGAACAGACAGAUUUUCCCAAACCGAAAAAUUCUCAGGCAGCGGACCCUGAAAUCUAUUGAACUGAAGAUACAGGGAAGUCAGAUUGCGGAGUUGGGCUAAAUCAGAAGGGAAAGGCCCAGUAAAAGCAUUUGAUCUGAGACUCAAGAUCUGAAGCUCCGACAACCGACUGAGAGUGUUCGGAGGAACAGAUCCCCGGAAACCAAAUCCGGGCAACCGAACCGCAAUGAUUCUGGAUUGAUCAUGGUUACACGUGACGCCGACCCAGUAAUUGCAAGCGGAAGUCCUCACAUCCCAAUUCAGAGGCCGGGAGUGUGAACUGUUAUUCGCAAAGUAAAGCAAAGCUUGCUUAUCUUCAAUGGGUUCAGUUCUAGCCCGCAGAAACAGAACCCCACAACAGAAAAUCAACAGAAUUUUGAAACCAAUGACGCCGCCGCCCAUGUUUUUCCCUUAAUCAGUUGAAACCCAGAAUUGCAAACAUCAAAGUGUGAAAAAAGCUCACUCUUUUAGCUCCAUUUUUGCUGUAAUAAAAGUAAAACACCAUAUAAAAUUGAGAAACAGAAGAAAAGCAUAAAAUGAGGGAAUAAAAAACCCAAUUGAUACUCAAGAAGACUGCCACCUAUUCCUGUUUAAUAGUAGUAAUAAUGAAGAAAUGCCGGCUCAUCAAAGAUGAUUCAAGCCUUCAUACAUUUGCUUAACGUCAAGAAAACAGAGGGGAUUAAAAUAAACGAAGAGGCACGCGGGACCGUUACGGUCAACUACUACUCAACAUUACUUCCUCUGCCUUCCUUCGUCAUUUUCUGACUUAGACGCAAUCAUCCAUGCCAUUUAAUUCAUUUCCUUUUUUUUUAAUAUUUAGUAGUGGAAAAAAAAUUAUCAAAAGAAAGGAGGAAGAAUGAACGUACUGACCUGAUCAGACCCAGAGCUGAAAUGGGGAAGGAAGGAAAGAAUAUUGGAAUCCCAGUGAAAGAAGAGGGAUGGGAGAGGAGAAUGAUUUUGAUUUUUUUUUUAAAUUAAAAAAAGAAAGGAAAAAAGAACUGUAGAACAGCUGGGAGAAGCAAAAAUGAUUGGGAAGUGGGGAACAAAAACAAUAAUGACUGACUGGGAAAUUGUUGUGACUUGCGAGUGAAAAGAAGUAAUCAGAAUCAGAAGAAGAAACGCAAGAAGAGUGGGAGUUGUUUAACUUGCUUAAUUCCAGACUUUAUUUUUGGUUUUUAAUUCUUCGUGGAUCUCAGCUGGAAUGGCGCGAGAAGAGCGGGAGUGAGCACGUGCCGAUCCCGUCAGCUUUUGUCUUGUUGACUUUAUAUAUUAGAAGAAGAUCGAUCACCAGAGAGAUUACUAUUGUAUUUUCAGAAACAAUCAAGAACGAUAAAAAUCACAAUCCACACAACAAGUGGGUCUUUGUAUAGAGGAUUAUGAGUCCGGGGAUUAUGGAAGAAUGGCGGUGGUUGUGGGGUGGUGGAGGUGGUGGUUCCGGCUAAUGGGGACAGAAAUGGGGGGAAAUGCUGCUCAAACCAUUUCGCCCACGUUUUACUGAAAUUUCGUAUACAAAAAGGAAACCUCCCAUGAUGUUUUUUUUUUUUUUUUUUUAACUUUAUUUGACUAGAAAAUUUAGAAAUCUAAUAAUCUGGAAUGUGAGGACUGAGGAGUGAGGACAGAUUAGAUAGUAAAGUAGUAACUUGGAAUUUUUAGUGUUUAAUGC